CCAGGUACCGAACGGAGGACUCAGAGCUGUGAGAUUGAACAAUUCGUCGAUCGGAAUCGGGCGGACGUCGAUCGGACUUGGGCUUUACCGUUGAUCGGAAUUGGGGUUUUCAGUUGCUAACUGAAGAGCAAACGCAAGAAUCAGUAAGACAGAAGAGAGGAUGCUGCCGACAACAUCGAAAGGGCGAACGCCCUCUCGCGCCAAUCCCAUUUUCCCUCAGUACCUCCGGAGAAUAGUCAAGUGGCAACAAAUGGAUAUUGAAUACACUUUCUGGCAAAUGCUUCAUUUGUGUACCUCGCCAAAAGUUGUCUAUCAGCAUACCAAGUACCAUAAGCAAACAAAAAAUCAGUGGGCACGUGAUGAUCCUGCUUUUAUUGUAAUUUGCAUUCUUCUCUUGGCAGUUUCAGCUGUUGCGUAUUCUGCAGCGUAUGAUCAUAGCAUUGGGCAUGCUGUUUUUGUGGUUUUCUCAGUGACGUGCGUCCAUUUUCUAUUAGCGGGAGCAGUUGUUGCUACAGUUUGCUGGUUUCUGACAAAUACUUAUCUUCGGGAAGAAACCUCAAACAGUCAUGUGGUAGAACAACGCGUUGAAUGGUUGUAUGCAUUUGAUGUGCACUGUAACUCCUUUUUCCCAUUGUUUGUUGUGCUGUAUGUGAUACAUUUUUUCAUAUCACCUCUUCUGGUUGCACAUGGCUUCAUUCCACUUCUGCUGUCAAAUCUGAUUUUUACGGUGGCCAUGUCUUACUAUCACUACCUCAACUUUUUAGGUUAUGACGUGCUCCCAUUUCUAGAGAAGACCACUUUCUUUCUAUAUCCAAUCGGCAUUGUCAUCAUUUUUACACCCAUCUUGAUCUUAAGCGGGUUCAAUCCAUCAAGAUACUUUAUGAACAUUUACUACAGUCAACGGUCAUGAUUUGUUGAACUCAAACCUAUUUGAAGUUUGAUAUGGUAUACAUGGGCAUGGGAGUUAACUUUGAAAACUUACAUGAAUGUUAGAAGAUGAAUAGUGUAUGAUGAUGCAUGCAUGCAUGCAUGCAUGAAUGAAUGCAUCCAUCCUUUAUUGCUUAAUGUAUACAGAAGGGAAAGCUAGGAUCACCAUGCACCACAGCAGCUUCUUUGUGUUCUCACAUGUGUAAAUGCACCUUAAUGCUAUUCUGGUUGAAAAUUUGUAGUGAUAUCAGGGUCAACAAUGUCUUUUUUACAUGGCCCCAGAUUUGAGGAAAGAAAUGAGGUUGAAUAGAACCAUUUUUGCUAUGCUA